AUGCAUCAAUAUAAUGGUUCUAGUAAUUAGAAUUAAAAUUUAUGUUUCUCAUCUGAUUUAUAAAGUAUGAUAUUACACAAUCAUUUUAGGUACAAUAUAAGCAGAUGAGAGUAUUUUUUAUCAUGGAUUAGCAUUUUAAUUUAGAAAAAUAAAAGAAGGAGCUGCUUUUUAGAAUUUUAUUAACUCUUAGGUCUAAAAGUCUUCAGGGAUUAAUUAAAUAAUUGCCAUUUAGAAAUUUGUCUUCUUCGUGUAAGAAGAAUAUCUUUUACUCUUCUUUUUAAUCUCUAAUUUUUUUAAUGGAGGUCAUUAAUUCACAAAAAUCAUCAAAGAAACAUAAAAAUUAAAGAUUGGCCAACUGAUAUUAAGGAAAGAAAUUUGCAGGGUGAGUUUACUUAAUUAAAAUGAAAAAAAUAACACUAAUAGUAUUAAUAAUAUUAUUGCAUAGACUAGACAAAACAAAACAAUUUUAGUUAUUCUUCUUAUCAUCUAAAUCAUAAUGAAAGUAAUUAAGUAUUGUUUUAACAAAAUCCAUGA